AUGAGUGAUGAAGAAAAGCAAAUAGACGAUUAUGAGGAUAAUUUAGAGUUUGCUCAUAUUGAUGGAUCUCCAGAUAAACCUAAGAUAUCCAGGACUGCUCAUAUGAAAGCUCUGCAAAUACUCAUCAGUGACAAAAAAGAGAGAAUAAAGAAAAUCUUGUCUAAACCAGCUACCUCACGAUCCCCAGAGGAAUUGAAUGAAGUUGCUAGUUUACUCUCAAAUGUAGAUUUCCUCAAACACUUCAAAGAUAAGUUACUAGAUCUUGCAAGAUAUAUGACACUUGAAACAUAUCUAGGAAAGAAAACUAUAGUUGAAUAGGGUUCAGAGGGUGAUAAGUUUUACUUUAUUUUAGACGGGAAAGUCUCCAUUUAUAUAAAAUCUUUCAACGAUAUGACUGGAAAUGAAUUUUUUGUAACAAUUUUAUUCCAAAUAAUCCAAAUUUAGAAACAUGUAGUAGACUUGAAUCCAGGUGCUUAUUUUGGCGAGCUUUCUCUAAUCUAUAAUGCUCCGAGGACUGCAACUGUUACAUCUCUGGAUAGAUGCGAUUUGGUAGUAAUUUCUAGAUUCGCUUAUGAAAAAAUCAUAAGAGACUAUCAUAUUGACCAGAUGGACAAAAUGAUUACCUUCUACAUGAAUUUCCCAUUAUUUGAAGAUAUGAAUAAAGAAUUGGUCUUCACUAUUGUAACAAGAAGCAGAUAUAUUAAAGUAAGCACCAAGGAAACAGUAAUUUCUUAAGGUGAUACUCCAAGGAUGGUAUAUUUUAUAAAAAGCGGCAAACUUAAAGUGGUUAAAGAGAUAAAGACAUACAAGAAUAUAGGAAGAGGUAGAAUCUUAGGCAGCCCAACUUCAAUGUUUCAAAAGCAAAAAGAUUCACCUGCAUCUUUACCAAAUAUUAAUGGCAAAAAUAGAACUAUGUUUGACAAUUAAGAUUAAAAUUCAGCACUUGAUACAGUCUAAGAGGAGACUGUCUAUGAAGGAGUUCAAGAGUAGAUCUAGUUUUUAGAAUUAGAUGAAUUAGACUCUGGGGAUGUAUUCUGCCAUAAUAAUGUCAUUGAUAAAAAGCCAAUGGAUCAUUCAAUAAUAUCUGUUCUUCCCUCAGAGCUCUAUUCUUUACCUGCAAAUGAUUUCUUACUCUUGUGCAAGGAUUUACUCUCGGAUUUCCGCAGAUAUAAUAAACCCUAUCCCACUUCUACUCAAAUCAAGCAUAUGUUUAAUUAAGAAAAGAGAUGGGCGUAGUAUAAAGACUACCUAAUCAAGCAAAUAUAAAUAAACAAGAAGCUUGGAAAGGCUUCAUUUGACUAUAUUCUUCGUUAAAAUGAUAUUAAACUUCCUAAGCCAAUUCAAUUUAUUCCAGAACCUAAGAUUAAAGUUCAAGAGGGAAAGAGAAAAAUCACUAAAGAAGAUUUACAUAAGAGAUUCAUGAAAAAUUCAGAUUCAGAAGAAUCAGAUGAGGGUGAUCACGGCGAUUAGAAUGAUAAAUAGGAAAAAGAGAGCUCUAGAAAGAAGGGAAACGUGAUCAAAUCUCACGGAACUUCAACUCCAGCAUCUAGUGAAGAGUAAAGAAGAAUUAUUAGAGAUCCAACUGCCAUCAGAGGAAUCGACGCUUCUGAAGAAAAUGAUAGAAGGAAGUUUAAAAUGAUGGGACUUAGUGCCUAAUCCUUGUUUAUGGCUGAUCAGAGAAAGAAAAAACUAGAUAGUAAGAUCAAUGAAUUCAAUAAGCUGACUAAAUAGAUGAAGACUUAAUACAAUUCAACCUAAUAGCUACAAAGAGUUAGCCAGUCUAACUUGCACAAUUAAAAUUAAACUAUGAGGAAAUCAAUUAAAAACUCUUUCUCAUAAUCCAGCUUAGGAUUUGCAGGUAGCAAUAAUAAUGAUAAAGGAAAACUUAUGAAUAUUAAACAGAGAAAUCCAUUCCAAACUAAAGAGAGGAAGUCAGUAAGAGGCCUUGUAGUUUCAUAAGCAUUCCCAACACUUGACGAAAUAAAGCAUGUUGUAAAUUCAUUCAACUUUCUUUAAACGAACGAGAAGAAAGCACUAAACAAUAACAUGCAGAGUAGCCUAUAAUUUUCUCCAGCACUAAUCGACUCCUACAAUAAAUAUGCUCCAAGCUUAAAGAAACUUAAAAUUAAAAAGGUUGAAAAAUCGCCAAAGAAACUACCUAGACUUCAGCCUAAUGAAGAAUUAUCAAGAAACCCCUCUAUGUAAUAACCUGCUGAUUAAGAUUGA